AUGAAUAAAGAUGAUGUUAUAAAUUUCUUAUAUCCCACAUCUAAAGAAAAAGAAAAACCUAAAGAACCUGAUGUUUUCCCUGAAUAUUAUGAAGAACGAAUUAAAGAUGAUGAAUAUGAUGAAAUUGAAAUUGAAAGACUGAAAAAAAUAAGAGAUGAAAUAAAUGAAAAAAUUAAGGAAUUAAGAGAAGUUGAAAAAUAUAAUGAGAAUGAAGUAGAGGGUUUAAUGAAUAUCCCAGCUUCAGAAUCAGAAGUUCAAAAAUCACAUGAGGAAAGAUAUAAAAAUUACUUUUUGGAAUCAACUAAAAAUUUAUUAGAUGGUGAUAUUGACGAAACACUUUCAGAAGAAGGCACAAAAUUUAUUCAUAAACAUAAGCUUCAGUUUAUUGACGAUGGAGAUUAUCCAUGUAUAUUACUUUCACCUCCUCUUGAUUCUGAAAAAUUCAAAAAAGCACUGAAAAAUGUAACAUAUGCAACAAAUACGAUUAAGAAAGAAGACCAUGAUA